GCUCAUUCUGGCAGCCAUAAAAUAGUCUCUGGUGCCAGAUGGUUAUAUAAAUAUUACAUGACUAUAAGAUGAAUGAGUCCUGAUCAGAGAAACGUUAGAUCUGUAGUGAAUGUCUGGAGAAUCAUUUGAUAACUGACAUGCUUCAUUCUAACAGCCAACGGGUCGAUGGACUUGAUGUGUUCUGCUGGAGUCUGGAGGUUGCUGGUCGCAGAAACUAGCGUCUGUUUUCCGUAUUGUGGGACAAAGGACACUUGGGGAAAAAGACACUCGUCUCUGGUCAGUUUGCCGUUGUGCUGAAUGAAGAAAUUCACAAGGAUCAAAUAAGUAAUAUGAGAAGCCUUGAGGCGAUCAAAGCCAGGGAGCUACCUAAGACCACUCAGAGACCAGAGACACCCAGAGACCAGAGACACACAGAGACCAGAAGCACCCAGAGACCAGAAGCACCCAGAGACCAGAGACACCCAGAGACCAGAGACACCCAGAGAUCGAAGACACCCAAAGACACCCAGAGACCAGAGACACCCGGAGACACCCAGAGACUGGAGACACCCAGAGACCAGAGACACACAGAGACCAGAGACACCCAGAGACCAGAGGCACACAGAGACCGGAGACACCCAGAGACCGGAGACACUCAGAGACCAGAGACACCCAGAGACCAGAGACACCCAGAGACCAGAGACACUCAGAGACCAGAGACACACAGAGACCGGAGACACCCAGAGACCGGAGGCACACAGAGACCAGAGACACCCAGAGACCGGAGGCACCCAGAGACCAGAGACACCCAGAGACUAGAGACACCCAGAGACACCCAGAGACCGGAGACACCCAGAGACCGGAGGCACACAGAGACCAGAGACACCCAGAGACCGGAGACACUCAGAGACCAGAGGCACCCAGAGACCGGAGGCACCCAGAGACCGGAGACACACAGAGACCGGAGACACACAGAGACCAGAGACACCCAGAGACCGGAGACACUUAGAGACCAGAGGCACCCAGAGACCGGAGACACACAGAGACCGGAGACACCCAGAGACCGGAGACACCCAGAGACCAGAGACACCCAGAGACCGGAGACACCCAGAGACCAGAGACACCCAGAGACACCCAGAGACCGGAGACACCCAGAGACCGGAGACACACAGAGACCGGAGACACACAGAGACCAGAGACACCCAGAGACCGGAGACACUCAGACACCCAGAGACACCCAGAGACCGGAGACACCCAGAGACCGGAGACACACAGAGACCGGAGACACCCAGAGACACCCAGAGACCGGAGACACCCAGAGACCGGAGACACACAGAGACCGGAGACACACAGAGACCGGAGACACACAGAGACACCCAGAGACCGGAGACACACAGAGACCGGAGACACACAGAGACCGGAGACACCCAGAGACCAGAGACACCCAGAGACACCCAGAGACCGGAGACACCCAGAGACACCCAGAGACCAGAGACACCCAGAGAAGUCUAAGCAGGUCAGAUGACCAAAAUCUGGGGUGGUCCCAGAAAAUCCUGGGCCAGUGGCAACCCUACAUCCAUCCAAACCUUUUCUGUACCUGCUUGUCCUGUUCAGGAUUGUGGGGGUCUGGAGUCCAUCCUGAAAGGUGUGGGUACAGGACAGGGAACAACUCAGGAUGGCAUGCAAACGCCAUUCAAGCAACUUGGUAACUCCAAUGAAUCUCAGCAUGUUUUUGGACUGUGGAGGGAAAUCAGAGCAUCCAGAGGAAACGCUGUGGUGAUGCAGGGAGAACAUGUAGACCCUACAGACAUGGAGCCACACCAGAGGCAGUUGCAUCAUCUUUGACUGAUGAGGAGGAACAUGCAUCACGUCCGUCUGUUCUUCCAUCUUUUGAGUACCCAUCCAGUUCCAGUUCAGCUUCCUGAAUUGCCCGAGGCCUGUUCCAGACGGCAUGGGACUCCAGCCUGGGAUUCACUGCGCAUGCAGUGCCAGUGCCGACAUAUGUUCCUGCUAUCUACAGUGCUGAUUUACUGCAAUUUGUCAU